AUGACGUAAUGCGCCACGCUGCUGGGACGAGCCGGCGUGAUGUCGUAAGACGCACACGACCUGUCGCUGGUUUCUUCUUCCUCCCGGUAAGACUCGCUGACGGUGGCCAUGGUUCCUCCGGUGCAGGUGUCGCCUUUAAUCAAGAUGGCUAGGUAUUCUGCAUUGCUGGUUGGUGUCAUCUACGGGAAGAAGCGUUAUGAUUAUCUAAAGCCUGUUGCUGAAGAGGAGAGGAGAGUUGAGGCUGAAGAAAAAAAGAAACGAGAGGAGCUUGAGCGCAUUGCGAAACAAUUGGCAGAAGCUAAUGAAGACACUAUUUUGAAAUGAUUACCAUUAAAAACAGAUGAAGAGUCAGCAUGCUGCCCUCUUGAUUUGCUAGUAUGGACUUGUCAGAUGUAUCUAUUCAGCACACAUUUUUGGUGUGCUUUUCCAAUGAGCGAGAAUAAAUUUUAUUUGAACAACA